AACUACCCAGCUGUACAUGCGCGUGUAAGAACACACGCGAGCCCAGAAGGACAGGAAAGAUGGCGGCUUGUGCGUUACGUCGAGGCUUGCUGAGCAGUGUCAGUAAAUACAACAAGAAACACACACACAGACUACUGAGUGUCGCUGACACCAGCAGCAGCAGCAGCAGCAGCUUCGAGGCGUACAGACCGCGGCCGCCAUGCCGGGCCUGCGGAGUGACCGGCGGCUUUCAGCAGAGGAGGUUCAUGUCGUCACGGAACAGGCCCGAAGGGAAGAUUUUGGAGACUGUGGGAGUGUUUGAGGCAGUGAAGCAGCACGGCAAAUAUGAAACAGGACAGCUGUUUCUCCACAGCGUGUUUGGCUACAGAGGCAUUGUCUUGUUUCCUUGGCACGCCCGGCUCUAUGACCGAGACAUCACCCCUCCAAUGUCUGACAGCAAACCUGAGCCCCCAGGAGCCCACGGCUCCAAGGAGGUGAAGGGAAAGACUCAUACCUACUACCAAGUCCUCAUCGACACCAGGGACUGUCCUCACAUAUCUCAGAGAUCCCAGACGGAGGCAGUGACGUUCUUGGCCAACCAUGAUGAUAGCAGAGCCCUGUACGCCAUCCCAGGUUUGGACUACGUGAGCCAUGAAGACAUCCUGCCGUAUAACUCUACAGAGCAGGUCCCCAUCCAGCAUGAACUGUUUGAGCGCUUCCUCUUGUACAACCCUGCAAAAUCUCCUCCGUUCACAUCCAGAGACACCCUGAAGGCCUGGCAGGAGAAGAACCAUCCCUGGUUGGAGCUGUCAGAUGUCCACAGGGAGACCACCGAGAACAUCCGGGUCACCGUCAUCCCCUUCUACAUGGGAAUGAGGGAGGCCCAGAACUCCCAUGUUUAUUGGUGGCGCUACUGUAUCCGCUUGGAGAACAUGGGUAACGAGGUGGUUCAGCUGAGAGAGAGACACUGGAGGAUCUUUAGCCUGUCGGGAACUCUGGAGACAGUCCGAGGACGAGGCGUCGUAGGCAGGGAGCCAGUUUUAUCCAAAGAGCAGCCAGCCUUCCAGUACAGCAGCCAUGUGUCUCUACAAGCUCCCAGUGGUCACAUGUGGGGGACGUUUCGAAUCGAAAGGACCGACGGCUCCCACUUCGACGUUCGCAUUCCUCCUUUCUCCCUGGAAAGCAACAAAGAUGACAAAGCACCCCCUGCUGGCUACACGUUUUAAGCGUCACUUCCCUCCCGUGAGGCCCCAGACACGCCGUCACCCCCUGGUUGUGCCUGGCUUAUCUAGAUUUCUCCUUUCCCUGUAACAUUGCAGCCUUCAGACAGAGACUAGCAUCCGUGGGGUUAAGCAAAGGAAAAACGUUGCCGUUUCUAGAUGAUCCACAUGCCGGCCCACCUUUCCCCUUUUCUGUCAGAGUGUGCCCAACAGCAGUAUAUCAUCGAUUCAGUCAUAUAGGGUGGAAAAUCUGCAGUCCUCUGUCUUCAUGUUGCGUUUGAAGAGACGAGCACAAAGUAGUGGAAGAGACCUGGGUUGAGGUUGACUGGUUCUGACAAGCAAUAGCUGAAAUAUUGACCAGGUUGUUUCUUUUUUUUUUUUAUAGAGGGAGUAUUUACUGCAGCGCUCUGGGUUCACAAAAAGAGCAGUGACUCCUGCUGAGCUUCACACUGAAGCCUCAGUUGAACUUUUCUAGUCAACCAGUAAGCCAUCACUUGAACUAGAUCUUAAAACUUCUUUAAUUCUGUUUUUUUGGGGUUCACCUCUAGGUUCAUGAUUUCACUUUCAUUACUUUUUCUUGGAUCCAUUUCCCCUGUCAUGGAUUUUAAGAAUUAAACUACUCAAUCCCAGUUGAGUUAUGUAGGACCUCUGUGAGCCACGUAAGAGAAGGAGGGUGCGUUGCAUUCUGGGCUGAUUACGUAAGCGUUCGUGAUUUACUUUGUCACAACAAUGAAGCACAGUGAAUGAUCCUAAACAUCAGAAAAUAUCUCUUUAAUGUCUAAAUGAAACCAAAUCUCCAUUAUUUAUAUAAGACACUUUUUAUAUACUGCUAGAUCACUUUCACUCGUUAACGUCAGUACUGAGUGUCUUUGCCAGCAGUUACUUCCACAUCUUCUACAUCAGCGCAGCACUCUGUAAUUUUCUCUAAUUUCAUCCCUGUUCUUUACUGUCAGGCUGCAGGACUGAAUAUGUCCCCUCCAGAACACUAGUAAUGUGUUUUUAAGACCUAAAUAUCCUGCGCUAGAGAAGCAUUCCCACAGCAUGAGGAUGCCACCAACAGGCUAAAUGCUGCUUUUACAUCGAAAUAAUCCAACACUUGCAUCUUAAAGCAGUGGUACGAUUACAAAUGAUUGUCAGUACAUUGACAGUAAAAUCCUAUAUUUAUUAAAUACAAUUAUAUUCAAUUAAUUGCAUGGAAUGACUAUUAAAUAAAGUGGAGCUAUAGUAGAAGAUGAGCCAUCCAGUUGUAAAUUCUGAUUGGAUGUUGGCAUGAACUCAUGACAGGAUAGGACCUGAGUGCAGGAUACUUUUAGUAUGCAGCGUCGGCCAUGGCUCUCCUUCAGUGUCCACAUGUUUCUUAGAAAUCUCCCUCAUCAGUGUCCUUCACAUCCCUGUGCCACAUUCUUUGAUUUCUUCUAUCGCCAACCGGGCUGUCCUCUGAUUUAUAUUCAGUGUAAAUUUCUUUCUAUCCUUUGAGUAGUUCCUUACCUGACAGCUUUUCUCUCAUUAUACCAUUCAAGUCAUGAAAAAGCAAAACUAAAUAUGUAGGAAUUCAUUGUCAUGUAUGGAUAUAUGAUUUUUUUUUUUUUUUUUUGGAGAUCUAAUUUCUCUUUGACAUUUAAUAUUGACAGGACUGUGAUUCAUUGAUGUGAACUAUAAAAAAAAAAAAAAAAAAGUCUGGAGGCUUAGUGAAUCCUCCUCCUGCUGGAUGCCAGAGACAGGUUUUGGCUGUUUCUGAAUAACAAAAGCUGCUCACAUGAAAGAAAUGAAACCAAGCAGUUGGCAGCCUGUGUUAUGACGGCACAGUGGAGGAACGCGUGUGUGAAUUGUCUGCUGUCCUCACUGCAGUCGUUUUUACUAAAAACAGAAUGAAGUCUUCAUCUUUUAGACACGUGUUGAAUGUCUUUAGUUAAGACUUUGGGGGGAAAAAAAGAAACUCAUGAGCCAAGUUAUAAGCCCGAUAUUAACUUUUUUUUUUUUUUGACAAGUAAUUUGAAGCAACUAAGAUGGUUGAAAUGCUACUGUAAAUAGAGAUGUAAUUAAAAGCAAAGCGAAUAAAUAUACCUUUUGAAAAAUACACCCUGA